AUGGUUUCCCGGCAAUUUGUUAGAUUCCUUGCCACAGCAGUCAAGUCUGUCAAACCUCCUGUCCAAUUAUAUGGAUUGGACGGUACUUAUGCAUCAGCACUAUAUACAGCAGCAGCCAAGAGCAACUCUUUGGAGAAGUCGUUUGAAUCUGUUGCGAAAUUAUCGGACACCAUUCAAAAGGAUCCCAAGGUGAUGCAGAUUUUGGGCAAUCCGUCAUUAUCACAGGGUUCUAGAAAGAAGGUUGUGGAUAUUUUGUCGAAACAGUUGACAUUGGAUCCAAUAGUGGUGAAUUUGUUGAGUGUUUUGGCGGAAAACAAUCGUUUGCAGUUGUUUUCUGACGUUGCCAAGCAGUUUUCUGUUCUUAACGAUGCUCAUCACGGUGUUGUUGAAGCUCAUAUUGUUAGUGCCAAGCCUUUGGAUGAAAGAAUUCUUUCCAGAUUGAAUACAGCUAUUAGUGGUUCUAACCUUGUUGGAAGGGGGCAGCAUCUUAAAAUCACCAAUGAUAUUGAUGUAUCUAUUUUGGGUGGAUUGAUUGUUGAAGUUGGUGAAAAAUCGGUUGAUUUGAGUGUUUUGAAUAAGGUUUCGAAGAUGAACAAGGUUUUGGGAGAGUCUGUUUAG